AGCAUGCACUUAACAUGCGGUACUCCUCAAUGUAAAAUUACUCCCUUCUUUAAUUAUUUUCCUUUGUGGGAUAAUAGAUGUAGGUUCCUUUGGAAGUCCUAAAGGUGCUCAGUCGCAUUUACUAGGUCUUUGCCCCUGCCUUCCCAUCGAACGGCCAUUUCCACCACCUUGAGCCCCCAAAGUUCUUUCUCCAUUUUCCAUCCUUUCCCCUCGCUUUCCCUCGCUUUCCCUCAUCUUUAUAAACAAAGACAAGCCACAAGCGGGAUUCAGUUAAGAAGGAAGAUGUCAAACAAAUCCCCCGUUUUCCCCAUGCCAGAGCCUCAACAUUUCAGUGACUAUGGAUUUGACCCACAAAUUGAUUAUUUUCAGGUGUUGGAAGAAGCAAAGAUGCACAGAAAAGAGGCAUCGAGAUCAUCCAUAGAUGCUCUGCAUUUCAAGCUCCAAAAACCUAUUGUCAAUGACGAACCCAAGAAGACCCACAAGGCGAAGAAGAAGAAGCGGUGGUGGAGGAAUGCAUUCCUUUUCUUUAAACGGAGAUGGGUUUCCCACGGCAGCCGCCGUCAUCCUGAUCUCGACCUCGACCUCGACGAGGACGUGCAUCAUGCCAGGGCCAAAGCUUUCCGGGCUUCUAUAUCAGGACCCGUUUACAUAACCGAGAGCAGAAGCGGGUCAAGCACUCCUUACCUGACCACAAGCCGCCCCUCUUCCGGUCCUCUUGCCGGAACCUCGAAGCCGGAUUUUUCCAGGGCCAUUCCUUAUUUGAGUCUCAGGGAACUUAACUUGGAGCAGCAACAACUGAGCGUUUCUACAUCUGCCAUGCCCAUAUAUUUGGUUACUUAGCAAACAUUUUGAGUUGAAGUUAGUUCCUUUAGAGCCCUUACUAUCAUCUUUUAGGAUUUGCAAUUGGGCCAAAAUUUCUAGUAGUAUGAUUUGUUUAAAGAUUAGAUCUUUGAGGGUAGAGAGGAAAGGGCUGCAUCCUCCCUUUAUUUGUUUUCUGCCCUUCUUUUUCUGCACGGCUCCUUUAUCGAUGAUUUCUGCAAAGUGCAAAGUACUAUAAUGAACUUGUGCUUUGAGU